AUGCCAAAGAAAAAAAGCAAGGACACUAAAGUCUUGACAGAUCAGCCUGAUUCUUUGGAGUUAGCGAGUGUCAUCAGUCUUUGCAGUGAUGGUAAUGAGACUCCAACAGCCUCAUCAGUCGACGCUGAAGAUGAAUUGGCUCUACAAUCACUUCUUGAUAAAGUUUGCUCAGCGAUCGAUUUAAUAGAAGAAAAGAGAACGGAAACUCGAAUUAAUGCAUUACGUUCAUUAAUUGAGUUAUUCCGUUCACAUUAUUUCUGUUUGGAUGGCUCUUGGAACUACACUGAAACACUAAUAACCAGCAUUGAAAAUAUCUUCAAGAAGAGUAAGCCGCAAGAUCAGGCAUUAGCUGCAGAUUUACUAACGGUAUUCUCUCUACAAAUUGAUCCACAUGAAGUACCUAUAUGGUUCGAAAGGUUUUUUCCUAUCUUAGAGCCUAUCAUUCGUGAUCCCACCAAAAGUUAUAAAUUCAGAGGAUCUUCAGCCAUAGCUCUUUCAGUACUGCAGUCUUUGUCAGGCUAUUGUGAUUUUAUCUCACCACUGGAUGUUAUAAAGUCAUUUGAGUUUGUAUUCAGAGGCUCUACUUCAAAAAUUGACGUGAAAACCUCUCAUUCCGAAGCUGACAUUUCUGAUCUUUAUGUGGCGGCACUUAAAGCUUGGACACUUAUAUAUACUUUUCUAUCACCACACGAUUCUGGUAAUGUUGGAAAGGCUGUGCUUCCUGUUUUACUAUCUUUGCUCCAGUGUUCAAAUGUGGAUGUUCGUAUAAUAGCAGGUGAAGCUUCAGCAGUCAUUUAUGAACGCAUUCGAAACGAAGUUGAUGAUAAAUUCAAAGGUCCAUAUUACAGCGAUCUUGUUCGUCUACUUGGUGAAUUAGCUACAGAUAGCUCAAAAAACCGCUCUAAAAUUGAUCGCAAGAAGCAACGUCAUUCUUUUCGGGAACUUGUAGAGGCCGUGGUACACUGUGACUAUCCUGAAACCUCAAUAAACUUUGGUGUUGAAGUUUUGACGUUGUCAUCUUGCACUGGACACUUCUACUAUAACUUCUUGUGCUCAGUGCUAGGAAGUGGAAUAAGGCGUCACCUUCGCGAGAACCCGUAUAUUCGUAAUCUCUUUGAUCUUGGUUUACCGUCGCUGGUACAGCAAAAUGGAGCCCACCCUAAAGCUUUUAAAGAACAAAAACGAUUGAAUAAUGCAGUAGCAUCAAAAAUCCGUACACAAAAACUUGGUGUGUAUAGAGAUAAACGACGAGAAAUGCUAAGUGAAUUGGAAUAAAAGGUUAAACAAUAACGAUUUGUCAGUUUUUUUUAAUGACCCUCUUUUGCUUCUUCAGUUCUUGUAAAAAGACCUUAAAAAUAACAUUAUUGUAUGUAACUGCUUACGUAAGGCAGAAUUAUUUUAUUGUCACAUCUUAUUUCAAUACUAGUACAUAUAUGCUCCAUAUGUAUGCUUUUUAAUGAUUUCAUUCUUGUGUUUCACUAGACAUAAAACCACCAUUGAGUUAUUAUAUAAUUUCGAUUCACAACAACACGGGUUCACAGAUGUUUGCGACACUCCAUUACGACUCAAGUAUGCGUGGAUUUACCAUGGUAUUUGUUGUAAUUUAAUAAAUUUCAAUUCUUCCAACCGAAAAUCCCCAAUUAACGGAACUAAAUAUUCUUGAGAAAUUGUUGUAGUCCGACUAUUUUCUUGUGGUUGAAAUGUUCGAUUCACAUUCACUUGCCGAUGUGAGCAAUGCAUUCAGU